AUGGCCUGCUCCUCCGAUUUCUACACAGCUGUUACUACGACCUGGAGAAGGCGAAAACAGCUGCAGACCUCUUCUUCACAAUGAGAGGUUCUUCACCAGACCUGUUGAGAAACAGGGACCCAGAGUCACCGGCUGUAAAGAAAACUUUUAGUAUAAUAAACCUAGCCCAAUUUCAAGUAUCAGGUAACAGGAAUCUCUGGAUUUGGCAGCUGAACGAUCCGGGUCUUGACAAUUACGACUAUCUUCAGGACGCCAAAAUUUUCAUACUGAGCACCGACGCUUGGUUGCUGGAGGACAACACGUUAGAAGAGGCAGAUAUAGUCCUAAUGGAUAUCAAGGACAUAUCGUUAAAGUUUCUAACUAAAUUUAAUAUGUCUGUGGCGAGACGGAUAUCGAAGUAUCAAGAGGAUGCAAUGCCGAUAAGGUUGAAGGAGAUCCACUUGAUUAACGUGCCCUCGUUCAUAGACAAACUCUUCGCGUUGAUGAAGCCUCUUAUGAAGCAGGAGGUCACCGAUAUGAUACAUUUCCAUACGUCCAAAUCGAGUACACUGUUCCAGUAUUUGAGUAAAGAAGAUCUGCCAGAAGACUUUGGCGGCACGAAUGGGAAAAUGACCGACCAUAUGAAAGAUGCCCUCGACUUGAUUUCCAGACACAGGGAAAAACUGAACACCGAUUUAUGGAUGGCGGCGAGCAAAAAAUCAAAGAGCAAGAAGGAGAAAGAAAACAACGCAGAAGUUACCACGGGUUUCAGAAGUCUUGCCAUCGAUUAGUUUUUAUUUCAAAGAUCUAAAUUGAUAUAUUGGGGCCACACGCUGUCUUGACGCUGAUUCUCUUUCAUAUGAACACUCAUGUAAAAUUACAUCAAUGCAUGUUUUUAAACCUUACAUUGUACAAAUAAGUGACAAUUUGUAUAAAUUAUUGUUUUGCACAUUGAAAUUAUAUUUUGGGAGUAUUGGGACCAAUUUUACAAUCGCUUUUAUGAAUUUAUAGAGAAUUUUAUUUUGUAUUAGUAAUUAUAACAAACUAGUGAAGUAAUUUCACAAAAAUAAUUGAAUAUCGUGGUAUUUAAACAUCGUGACAUUUAAUAAACUUAAAAAAG